AUGAUUGGACAUGGAAUUCAAAGAUUUGAUUCACAUUACAGUACAACACACAUGGAUAAUUAUAGGGAGAGGUGGACCUCCCAAGCAGUUGAGCUUUCUCACCAUAAGAUGUACUAUAUAUUCAGAGUAGAGAUUCUCUCACCUUGCUUUUUAAUCAACAACUCAACCAGUGAAGUUACUGAAAAAACAAUUCAAGCAUUUAAAGCUCAACUCUUGGGAGCUCUUUCUGCUGAUGAUUUGCACAAACAUAACACCCUAUAUAGUGCAGAGCCAUGCAACCGAUGGUGGAACUUCACUCACUGUAUUAGAAAAUGUAUAUUUUUGUAUUAUCCAUGUAUGAAUAUGUACUAA